GAUUGUUAGUAUACUGUGUUUUUGCCAAACGCCAGCACGCUUUGAUAAUAUUACUUUGCGAUACAACCUACAUCAGCCAAUUGGACAAUCAAGAUUCGCCACUGAGGAAAGGGCGCCCUGCAACCACCAUGACGGGCACCUCGGGGCGCAGCGCUGGCAUUCGGAGAUGGGACGGCGUCAAGAGAACUUCAACCAUGUGGGACGGGCUCCGAAAGGAUCUCGAGCUAUGGUUUCCAGAAGGAGAUUGCCUCAUUUACCUUUACGGCCGUGGACAGUCUCGUCGCGGCCCUUCUUUCAGGAUACCCUUUUCGGCAUUGGCCCACACCCGUUGCUUGCCAUUGCUUGAGCGGCACAAUGCCGAGUCCAUGUCCCACCCGACGACCUGGUCAAUGCCCGGCAGUGUCUGCUCGUCCAUGGAUACCUCAGAGCCCGCAUCGCUGGAGCUGCACAUUCCUGCUCCGGCGGAUGCCUCGCGCGAGGAGUCUUUUCUCUUCCAUCUCGGUACGCGCAAUUUCUUCGCCUGGCUUUUUGGAAAGCCACUGGUGGGAUCUCAUCUCGGAACUGCCCUGGUCGAUCUUCUCGACCGAAUGAACAUGUACAGGUCGGAAACGGAGGAUAAUAUGAAAGACCUGACGCAAUACUUGGACGAAGAAGGCUACACGGACUUUCGGGAGUGCCCUGAUCAUGCGCUGUCGCUCCUCUACUUUGCCGAACAUUACCAGCUGAAGAAUCUGUGGACGGAUGCUUUUGUCCAUUGCGUGGGCAUGAGCCAGCGCUUAUGGCUUAGUGAAGAGUUUGAGCCAAUAAGCCGUGUGUCAAAGGCACUGAUCAACCGCUCGCAUCUCGAGAUGGAUGUCCGGAUGGAAAGAGCUGGACGAUCCCUGUCUUCUUUUCUCGAGGACGAACUCUCCGGUACAUACUUGGGCCUCAACUCAGCUGCGUUAUCCCACCUUGAACGCUUCCGCUCCUUUCUCCACUCCUUUUACGUCAACCGAUACGGCUACUGGCCGCCAACAAAAACGGGCAGCAAAGGCUCAUCCCUGUCCAAAUCGACUUACCGCUCAAUGUAUUUUGAAUUUCGCAAUCUCUACGCUUAUCUUGUCGACGGCAAUUCCGGUCCGUCCAAGCCUUCUUCUCUCAAGCCUUUUUCCGGUAGCGGGAUCAAUCUAGAGCAUUGCGUGGCAGUUUUUAGCAAGAAACUCAAGUACGCGUCGCUUCCAUGCUCCAUGCCACUUUUACCGGAUAUCUCCUUUGAAGCACCUGGAUUCAUGGAUCCUUUUGACCUACGAGGUACCUUUUGCAAGCAGACCAAGGCCAAUAGACGGUUCGCCGCUCUUGCUGCGCUUUCGUCCGCCACCAAUUCGCUCGACAUGACAGUCAUGGAGUGUCCCUUGGUCCGGGCUUACGCGCGCUUUGAAAACGACUGCACGCUCAAGCAAGAGGAGAAGGUUUCCUGCGCUGACGGUCGCAAAGUUCGCUGGCUGCUCAUCUACGCGAUCCUGCAGACUCUCAUAUCUGUAACGCGGGCGCCCAAGGAAGUCAAGGAUACCGAAGGCGUGUCAUACCCGCUCUGCUGCCAGACCGCCGGCACUCCGCCGUGGAAAAUCUACAAUACCGGCUCGUCCUCACCGAAGAAGUAUAUCAGCAGCCACAACAAUAUGCGACCUGACCACCACGUCAUGGAGGUGGACUACUUCAACCACAGGCCCGUCCAUUCCGUCUACGUGGCUACCAGCGAAGCACACCACAAGCUUACUACUGCCUACCGAGCCCGUGAUGAUCAGCAGCAACAAGAACAACGCCGCAAACUCCGCCCCACCCGCUCCGCAUCCUCUCUCCGCCCCCUCAAGCGUCAACAAAGUCAUCACUACUCUUCAUCUGAGCUGGCCCCGCCCAUUCCGCCCAUGCCCGCAAUGCCGCGUCUGCAAUCCCUCAAACCCCGCGACCGAGCUAGCUUUCAUGAAACCAUUGGGCAAAACUAUAUCAACACCCGCUCAAUUUCUCAUCACGGUUCUUCCUCUUCCUCUUCCUACUCUUCCUCUUCUCCCGCCACCUCUCCCGGCUUCACCCUCGCUCUCGAGCCAGGCUUCGUCCCCAAUGCAUCCAGCGGAUCCAACUCCCCCGGAGCACCAACAAUCUUCAGCAGUGCCGGCUCCAGCUCCUCUCUCAGCGGAGGCGAAGACCAAUUAGGUUUUCCAUCCAUGGACCACCUGAGCGUCAGCGGCUCGAGCAGCGUCUACGACGAAGACGGCGAUAACAACGAAUGCUACCAAGACGAAAUAUAUGGCAGUCACAAUGCCAAGUCUGGCUUCGGCUUCGUUUCUCGAGACUUUGAACCCUCGGUCGAUUUCCGAAGCACUACCACCACUCUACCUCUUCAUCGCCGCGAGGCGAAUACAUCCAUUUCCAGCCAAAAGCGUCUCGGCUUUGGCAUUCAGUUGAGAAAACAAGUCUCGAUUGAGAGCUUUAGAAUGGCAAAUGAUGAACUGGAGAGGUACUUGGCUUCGACUUAGUUUGGCUGUUCUGGUUUCGUCGUUGGUCCUAGUUCUGUUUGGAUUAGGCAGCGCUCCUUUCUUUUUUGGUCAUUUUUUCAUUCCGUCUUUACUUCUUUAAUUAUCUUUAUCAUGUCGUCUUAUAGCAUCGCAAAAGCGGCCAAUGAGCUCGCUUCUGGUAUUAAUAACGGUGUUGGGAUAG